AAAUCGUGAAAGGCUAAGUUAAGGCUCCACAUUGCAAAUCGCAUACCUCAAUCACUUUCGAGUUCUUUCAAUAGACGACUCUAACCAUUCGGAGGACUCGCGUCUCAAAAUCACGAAGCUGAGAGUGGUGAAAUCAUGGAUAGUAAAGAGACUGUCUUCUACUAUCUAUGGUGAAAUCGCGAAUAUCGGUUCAAGUUCUUCACGGGUCACGCAAAACCUUCAGGUCACGGAUCACGAAGAAUAAUUUCUUAAUUUUCCAUUUCUUAAUCUCUUACAGACUGUCACAAAAACGAAAUAACAAACAGACGAAAGGGUGGCUGGCUUGUAAAUGUAAAAGUCAAACUGUUCGGGGAGGGGACGGUUUGUGGUUGUCUGACUUUUCGCGCCAUAUAUGGCGGGAGUGUGCAUGCGUGUAAACAUCACCACGUGACCACGUACAACAUGGCGGCAUGUGGAAGAUGAGCUUUUGGAGAAAGCUGCGCGACAUUGCAGACACAUGUUAGUUUUUUCUGGGUUAAUUCAGAGUUGUAUGCUGGUAAACACCUUUAACUGAUUGCUGUUUUGAUGGUAAGGAUAUUUUCGUUGUCGUGGAGAGGCAUCGCAUCACAGAUCUCGCACACUGUACCUCGGAAAUAUCACUUGACUAUCACGAGCGACUAAACGUGCUUUGAAAUCAAUUGACUUAAUUUGCGUUCUGUUCCGCAUGAAGACAAAAGUUUCGUCUGAAAACAGCGUAGAAGGAGUGCCUUCGCAGACAACUGCUGUGACUACAAUUGCAAAUACUGCACAAUCGAGCGUUUGGUCCAUCUGUGACAUCUCAACGGACUCGCACGUUGAACUCCGGGACAUAACACCUUCCAUUAGUCCCGUGUUCACCGACGAUCAAGUGCACGAAUUAACGCAAAAUCCUUCCGAAGUUGAUGUCCUGAGCGAACAUUUUCUUCCACCGGACACUUUUAAAAGGAUCGAUGAGGUUUUGAGCUCUGGUGGUCAGACAAACUUACUGUACAGCGACCCUGUGUUGAGUGAUUCACUCAAACAAAACCACGAUGUGCUUUUACCAGGAGACCUGGGUUUCCAUGGCCCCAUGUUCCCAUCAUUCGAUUCAAUAGUGGAAGCAGAUAGGAUUUUGAACAAAAGAGAUGAGUCGUCUGAAGAAAAUAAUUCAGAGGCUAAUCCGUCUAAUCCUGAUAACUGGAACAAAGAUGGACUAUCUGUGGCUGAUGCCACAGGACACCCAGAUAAUCAAGACCAGAAUGAUGACAAGAAGUCUGGAACUGACAAAGGGCUGAGGCGCUCUCCUCGUAAACGUAUCCAGGUGAAAAAGGAUUCAGAGACUCUAAAAACGGGUAACCCAGCAUCAAAGUCUAUAUCUCGAGGUAAAGACAUAUCAAAACUAAAAUAUGCAAAUACCAAACCAGAAGCUGAGAAGAAGGAAGUUCGCCGAAGUGGUCGUGCACAGAAAAAAGUGGAGAAGGAGGAAAAUAAUGCUGAGAAUAAGACAACAGAAACAGUUGCGAAUACUGAGAGGGAAAUCAACAAAGAUGAGGAAGAUGGAGGCAAAGAUUCAACAGAACAGGAAGAUACUACUUCUAAAAAUAUCCGGAGGUCACCCAGGAAUCAAAGAAAGGCUGCUGGAGAAGGGAAGCAGAAAACACCGAGAUGCAGACAGGGAAAAGAUAUGGAAAAUUCAGAUGAAAAUAAAGAGAAGUGUAGUACUGUAUGUGAUGAAAAAGGAUCUGUUGAUAAAAGACUUGACAGCACAGAAAACAAAUCUGCAGAAACAAAAUCUGAAGCUGACAAAGGAACAAGUAAAACAGAUAUUGAGGACACCGAGAGAAACCAAGAAGAAAAAGCAGAUGUAAGAAAAAGCGGACGAUUGACAAGAAAUAAGGAAAAGCAAACGAAGGAAGAAGAAAACGUAAAGCAUGUAAUAAAGGAAACAGAAGCAAAAGAGGUUAAAGGAAAAGCAGAUGAAGCAAAAUUGAAAACAGGAGAUGUGAAAAUGAAAGGAAAAAGUGAAUCAGACAUUAGCAAAAAAGAGUCAAGUAAGAAAGAUGACAAUAAAGACACUUCUAAGAGAAGCAGUUCUUUGCAUAAACCAGAUAACAGUGAGCUGUCAGUUAAACAAGAGAAAUGUGGUGACAGUGAAGAAAAGGCUCCAAGAAGGAGAAAAACAGAAAAAAAGCUUGAGUCAUCAGAAGAUGAUGACGUUGAAAAUACAAAAAGGGUGAGUAGUAGAAAAGAGGAAAGAAAAACCAAAGAACUUAUCAAAGAAAAUGCUGAUGAAGGAACUAAAAAAUCAACAAAGCCAGCAACAUUUACAAAAGCAAAUGAUGGUAAACAAAAGACUGAAAAAGCUGCUAUCAAAAUGACAGACAAUCCAGCAGACGAAGGCAGUGAAAAAGCAAGCAAAGGGAAUGAAAAGAGCAAGAAGGCAGUUAAAAUAGAGAACAAAGGCAAAACAGGAACAGACAAGAACAGUGCUGAUGAUUCUGACCACGAGCACAAGUCAAGAGAAAAGGAUACAAAACCAAGUCAAGAGGAGGAAGGAUAUUCUGAUGUUGAGUCUCUGGGUCAUGAUGAAGAAUUCAAUGACGAUUCUGACUAUGAUCCAGAGUAUGAUCCCGAUCGUUUGUGGUGUGUCUGUCGUAAGCCACAUGGGAACAGGUUUAUGAUUUGUUGUGAUCACUGUGAGGAGUGGUUUCAUGGAAUGUGUGUUGGUAUAACCAUGGCACAAGGACGUCAGAUGGAGAAAAAUGGACAGGAGUAUGUCUGUCCAAAAUGCAAAGCAAAAGUAGAGGAAGAAAGUGCUAAGAUGGCUCAACAGACAUCAGAAACAGAUGAGAAGGAAAAUGGACGAAUCACUGCUACAUCAGAACAAGUGGAAAGCUCGGAAGAGAAGCCAUCCUCAACACCUGAUUAUCGUCGAAGAAAAGUGCACACACUCAAGUUAAAGCUUCCAGGAGACCAAGAGGAGACAAGAAAACGUCGACAUUCUAGUCAUAGAAGAAGCAGAGAGGAAAUGACUGAGGACUUCAGUAGCAAAAGAACUAAAGAAUCCGAGAAAUUAUUCUUCAGUAUGCCACCAAAGGAAGAAAAAAAGAAACAGGCUCCAGCACACAAAGGCUUCAGGAUACCCAAAAAGGUGAGGACAACACCCACUCCAGCGUCGUACAUGAACCACCCCACCCAACCCAAGUGCAUCACAGCUGGGUGUUCUAUGUUUGCAGACCAUCACUCACUUUACUGCAGUCCAGAGUGCAUACAAAGACAUGCUGAGGAAUCAUUGAAAAUCAUUGCAGAGGAAAGGGGCAAAAGAAUGGGAUUUAAAUCCUCAGUUUCAUCUUCAAAGAGUGUUACAUCACCAACAUCAAGUUUUCUAGGUCCAGUACCCUGGAAUUCCCACCCGCCCUCAGUUUCCUCUCAUGCAGAAUCUGCACUGCCGAAAGAAGGUGUGGCGGUCAUUGAGAGGUCCACUGGGAGGGUGAUUGCGGGCGUAGCUGCGCCUACUCAGGAGGAGAUUGUUGAGUGGCUGCAUGAUCAUCCCACAUUUGAAGUGCUUCGACCAUCAGUUGGAAAAGAUGAGAAAAAGAAAGAGAAAAAGGAAGAUAGUGAGAAGACUGUGAGAGAUAACAUAAGAAAAUCCCUCAAGGAAAUCCUGACAACACGAUCAAAGGAACAACAAGAUUUGAGCAUCAGUGAAGAGGAUAUCGACAAGUGCUCUCAUAACGUGGAGGGAGAAAUGUUCUCCUUCUUUGGAGAUACAGGACAUCGCUAUAAGAACAAGUAUCGCAGUUUGAUGUUUAAUCUCAAGGACCCUAGAAAUAAGGUGCUGUUUCGGCAUGUGCUUUCUGGUGAAAUAUCUGUGGACCGUCUUGUUCGUAUGACGCCUGAGCAGCUUGCGUCACCAGAGUUAGCCACGUGGCGCGAGCAGGAAACAAAACACACCCUGGAGAUGAUAAGGAUGAAUCAGGAGGAAAUAAAUGCAACAAAAGCGCACAUAAAGAAAACGCACAAGGGUGAGGUUGAAAUAGACGAUGAUGAUUUGAGUACAUUUGAGAACUCUGUCAAGGCCAACGCAGAGCUGAAGGUGGAGAAAGGUCUGCCAGAUAGCAAUACGAGUUCCAGUACAUUAUUACUGGACACCACAGAUGAACAUCGCAUCCAUCUCUUUGAUCUGAAUUGUCGCAUUUGCACCGGUAAAAUGGCACCCCCAGGGGAGCCCCCCAGGAGGGAAACGCCAGCUCCGCUUGUGUCCACAACGUCAAUAGUUCAAGCUGUAGCCGAGAGCUCCAUCCCGUCCCCGACACCCAUGGAUAUUGUUACUUCUGCAAGUUCACCGGAUUCGGCAACAGUUACCCAACCACCCGUCUCGCCUUCUGUGCUCAGCAAGACUCCGAAAAAAGUUCCCGCGGUGUGGAAAGGCUUUGUAAUGAUGCAGAGUGUUGCCAAGUUCGGUACCAGUGCUUACCGUGUGUCUGGCUCAUGUGACGAUCUGCUGCAGUUGUUACCGGACACGCUGCAUGUCCAGGGAAGAAUAGCUCAUGAACAAGUUUGGGAUUACCUCUUGCAGCUGAAGAGCUCCACGUCAAGGGAGGUGUGUGUGAUACGGUAUGAAGCAUCCUCUGAUGACGAGAAGCUGAGCUAUGUCUCCUUGUACUCAUAUUUCUACAGUCGAAAGCGCUGUGGAGUUGUCAGUAACUGUUACACAGGCGUCAAGGACAUGUACUUGGUUCCUUUAGCCUCGCAUCAACCUAUACCGCCAGAGUUACUGCCAUUUGAUGGACCUGGGUUAGAUGAGCAUCGUCCUCAUAUGCUUCUCGGUAUCAUAGUCCGAUCCAAGGUUCUGUUUAAACGCCCGCGUGCACUUAGUCAGCGUUCACUGUCACCACCGCCAAAGCGGCGAAACAGUUCAACGAGUGUGGAGACCAGCAGCAGUGAGGGAGGGACUGGGGAGAGUCCGACCAGCAAGCAAGGCCUGCUGACUGAACUGCAUGAUUCACCACCAGCUGAUAUUGAUGACAUUGUGUUCCAGUACAACACCACUCAAGCCAAGAUUGCUAGCAAAAAAACUACAGAUUCCCCAGCUAAAGCUUCGCCCACUUCUGAGACCUCGACACCGUCAAUGGCGUCAUCCUCUGGAGCAGUGGUGAGCUCUCCUUCUGUCCCCGCUGACAAGUCAUCUGUUCCUUCUCUUGAGGUACAGAAGCAACAAUUGCUGGAUCUUCAGGAGCGUGCUCGGCAGUACAUCUUGGCACAGACCCAGCGGAAAGAAACAGGCCCGGUUGAAGAUGAACUUCAGCAAGAGGCGGAGAAAAAAUCACAAAACCCAGACACAGGGAAAGUCGAGCUUAAGGGAGGGGAGGGUAAAGUGACUGAUGACGACGCUCCGUAUGAUCCAGAGGAAGGGUUGGAGCUUGAUCUUGAUUCCACUGACCCCACUGACCCCACCCCUGCCAAACCUGUGGUACCCGUGACAUCUCAGGAACUGUCUAAACCGUCUAGCCUUCAGAUGUUAGUUUCCACGCUUCAGAGGCUUCAAAGCGCUGCUGUUAAAAGUGUAAGCCCUCACUUGUCAUCACUCAGUACAGUACUACCAAUGGGAUCCUCUGCUGCAUCCAGUGACACUGUUUCUGCUGGCACAGCAGACACGGUCAAGAAACCUGCCGUUUCAGGAGGCUUUGCCAUCCAGUCUAUGGCAUCAGCCAGCAGUAUACUGCAGCCUAUUGUACCAGGCAGUCGGAAUGUACAGCCGGUGUCUUCUCCUGACAGUGCAACACAGCUUUCGAGUAGGGCUGGCCAACAGCUAACGUCAGCCAGCUUAACUGGACAGCCACUGCAGCGUUCAGUCACUGCUGACAGACAGCCAGUGUCAGCCAGUUCAGCUGGGCACAUACCACAGCGUGAUGCUGAGAGACAGCCAGUGUCGACCAGUUUAACUGGGUACAUGCCACAGCGUGAAACUUCCAGCAGUGGAAGUCCACACGGUAUUCGUGGAGCUCAGGUGUCGGGCUCCACCGAGCGCAGCUUUCAGUCUAGGGCCCCUGCUGAUCAGAGACACCAACCCACUCCUGAGGACAGUCGUCACACCAACAGAUGGAACCCGUCUGAACCACCAGAAGUCACUCGUCAAGUGAACAAUGUUACCCAACCGAUAGGCCAGUACAGCGGUCUUCGACCGGAGGAACGUGCGCGGCUGGCGGCUCACGAAUCCCGGUUGGAGUCACGGGAAAGCAGGCGAGUGUCUAGCGAGCACAGAGAUGAGCAUUGUGAGCAAAGAAGAAUGGACGACAGGACCAGAGGCGCUUGGUGUAGUGACACCCGCUAUCCCCGAGAUUCCCGACCCGGUGAUUCAAAUGAGCCGCGCUACCCCCGAGAUUCCCGACCCGGUGUUUCAAACGAGCCGCGCUACCCCCGAGAUUCCCGACCCGGUGAAUCAAAUGAGGUGCGCUUCCCUCGGGAUUUCCGAGCUGGAGACUCGCGGGGUGACUGGCGGCAUCAACACAGGCCUGGACGACAGUGGCACGAUGAUGAACAACGGCGAGAAAGGCACGGUUAUCCGCUGAACGAGCGACCAAGAUACGAGGAACGCAGAGAAGAGAGAAGAUUCAAAGAGCAUUGGAGCCGGGAUAGAUGGAGGCGGUGAUGAACACAUUCUGUUAGAGAAAGUUCUAUCUUAAGUUUGUAGACGUUAAUGACCGUUAAUAUAAUCCACAUCGUAGUCUUCCGAAGACUUCACGAAGUUAACCCAGACAGCCGAGGUCCUGUUACCGAUUGAUCCUCGAAGUUUGUCGGAAAUGUUUGUGUUAAUUGUAGAAUUUUACUUCUGGACGGUGGUAAGUUGUGUACAAAGAGAGCCUGACGUUUUAGAGAAGAUAUAGUGGUGUAGAAUUUUAACAAAGCCGUUCAAUGAAAGGGAUGUUUCUCCAACGCCUAAAAAGUGGUCUUUUUUCUCGUAAACGGAAUUACAGAACUCUAAACAAGAAGAGAGAGAGAACUUUAGUUCAAAUACUAAUUUCCCAUUCCCUGCUCUGCUCUCCCCUUCUCCUCCAACCCCCCACCCCUCACCCCACACACGCACCCUUUUCAAGAACGGAGUAUGAAACAAACUUAUUUUGACUUGCAUAGAUUACAAAGAUUUGAUCGUUAUACUAGAGACGGAUCACGGAUUAGUGCUGCAAUUCGCCUCAAGAAUAACAAAAACUUUGGCCCUUACAUUCGUGCAAUUUUCUGCUC